AAUAAAUAAAAAAGACCUUUGUGAGAGAAAAAUAAACCACAGGGGCUGGUUAGGGGAAAAACCCAAACUAGAGGGGGUUUGGGAUAACUUAAAAGAAAUCGAGAUUGCAGUCAGCGUUUACCGCACUCGUGUGGAAAACUGGAGAGUGGCGGUUCCUUACUAUAUAAGCCCACGCCUCUUCAUUCCAAGCGCUUCGUAGUAGAGAAGCAAGGGACAGCGAGACUCGUCGAUUGGAAAAUGUGCGAGGCGACCAAGUUCAGCGUGAUGUGCAGCCUCUUCAACUGGAUGCAGAAGAGCAAAUCGUCGGCCAAGAAGCGCUCCAAAUUUCGGAAGUUUCUGGACACCUUCUGCAAGCCCCAAGGGGACGAUUACUUCAGCUCCAUGAGGCUGAUUCUCCCGAAUCUCGACCGAGAGCGCGGCACCUACGGCCUCAAGGAGUCAGUGCUCGCCACUUGCCUUGUCGACGCUCUCGGCAUGUCUCGCGAUUCAGAGGACGCCCUCCGCCUCUUCAACUGGCGCAAGGGCGGCUCCGCUUCCGGCCCCAACGCGGGCAACUUUGCCCUUGUUGCUACCGAGGUAUUGCAGCGCAGGCAGGGUUCGACUUCUGGUGAACUAACCAUCAAGGAGUUAAACGAGUUGCUUGAUUCUUUGGCUUCAUGUGAAAAUAGGGCUGCAAAAACUUCUGUCCUAUCUGAUCUAAUCAAGAGAACUAAUGCACAAGAAAUGAAGUGGAUCAUAAUGAUAAUUUUAAAAGAUCUGAAGUUGGGAGUAAGUGAGAAGGGCAUCUUCCAUGAAUUUCAUCCAGAUGCCGAAGACUUGUUCAAUGUAACAUGUGACUUAAAACUGGUAUGUGAAAAGUUAUGGGAUCGGAAUCAACGACACAAACGCCAGGACAUAGAAGUCGGAAAACCUGUGCGACCUCAACUUGCUAUGAGGGUUGGUAAUGCAAAUGCUACAUGGAAAAAGCUUCAUGGGAAGGAAGUAGUUGUUGAGUGCAAAUUUGAUGGUGACCGCAUUCAAAUCCAUAAAAAUGGAGGAGAGAUACAUUUCUUCUCGAGGAACUUUCUUGACCAUCCUGAGUAUGGGCAUUCCAUGUCAGAUAUUGUCAUGCAGAACGUUCUGGUUGACAGGUGUAUACUUGAUGGUGAGAUGUUGGUUUGGGACACAUCCAUGAACCGUUUUGCAGAGUUUGGUUCAAACCAGGAGAUAGCCAAGGCAGCAAAGGAGGGACUUGAAAGUGAUCGGCAGGUUUGCCUUUAUGUUGCUUUUGACAUUCUAUAUGUUGGAGACACCAGUGUAAUUCAUCAAAGCUUAAAGGAAAGGCAUGAACUUCUUUAUAAAGUUGUGAACCCUAUCAAAGGUCGAUUGGAGAUCUUGGUCCCUGCUGGUGGUCUUAAUGAUCGUCGGUCUUCUGGGGAACCAUGCUGGUCAAUUGUUGCUCAUAACUUGGAUGAGAUUGAGAGAUUUUUUAGGGAAACUAUUGAGAACAGAGAUGAGGGUAUCGUGCUAAAAGAUCUUGGUUCCAAGUGGGAACCAAGUGACCGAAGCGGAAAGUGGUUAAAGUUGAAGCCUGAGUAUGUUCGUGCUGGCUCUGAUUUAGAUGUUCUCAUAAUAGGAGGAUAUUAUGGCUCUGGACGUCAUGGAGGAGAGGUGGCUCAAUUUCUGGUGGGCCUUGCAGAGCGUUCAGCCCCAUACACAUACCCCCGACGAUUCAUUUCUUUUUGUAGAGUGGGAACUGGACUUUCUGACGAAGAGCUUGAUGCUGUUGUAACCAAACUAAAGCCUUAUUUCAGGAAAAAUGAACAUCCAAAGAAGGCACCACCAAGCUUUUAUCAAGUUACAAAUAACUCCAAAGAGAGACCAGAUGUUUGGAUAGAAAGCCCUGAAAAGUCAAUUAUACUUUCUAUUACCAGUGACAUUCGAACAAUCAGAUCUGAGGUAUUUUCUGCGCCAUACAGCUUGAGGUUCCCACGUAUUGAUAGAGUGAGAUAUGACAAGUCUUGGCAUGAAUGUCUUGAUGUGCAAUCAUUUGUAGACUUGGUACAUUCAAGCAACAGUACCACAUGGAGGGGGACAGAUUAUGGAGGCAUGCAGGAUAAUAAAUUAAAAGGCGUGAAAUCCUCCAAAAAAGUUGGGAAGAGGAAUGUUUCUGUUGUACCUUCUCAUUUAAUUAAGACUGAUGUUUCUGACGUAAAGGGCGAGACCUUGAUAUUUUCAAACAUGAUGUUUUACUUUGCCAACUUGCCUGCCAGUCAAUCCUUGGAUUCAUUGCACAAAUUGGUGGCUGAGAAUGGGGGAACUUUUUCAAUGAAUUUGAAUAACUCAGUUACUCACUGCAUUGCAGCUGAAAGCAAAGGGAUCAAAUUUCAGGCAGCAAAGCUUCAUGGUGAUGUUAUUCAUUACUCAUGGCUCUUUGAUUGUUGUUCACAGAGGAAGCUAGUACCAUUACAGCCAAAGUACUUCCUCUACCUUUCUGAAUCUUCAAGAAAAAGGUUAGAAGAAGAAAUUGAUGAAUUCUCUGAUCCGUACUACUUGGAUCUUGACAUUGAAGACCUCAAACAGCUCUUAAACAAUGUAAAGAGGUCAGGAGAUGCCAAAAGCAUUGCCUAUUAUAGAAGGAAAUUCUGUCCACAAAAUAAAUGGUCUUGUUUUCAUGGUUGCAACAUUUACUUUCACCAUUCAGUUCAGGCUUUGAAUUUUCAUUCAGAAGUUCUAAGUGAGCUUGCCAUGAGGAGGUUGAAACUUGAAAUUUACAUGGGUGGUGGCAAAGUUAGUGACAAUCUUUCUGAGGCUACCCACUUAGUUCUUGUAUCACCAAUGGAAUUCAGGGAAGACUUCGACACAAUAUUGAGAAGGUUUUCAUCAGCUGAGGCAAAUUUUUUAUGUAAGAAAAGAUUGCAUGUUGUUGGGUCCCAAUGGUUGGAAGACUGCUUGGAUAAGCAACAGAAGUUGCCAGAGGAGUUGUACAGUUUGAAACCCAGUGUCUUGAAAGAAUCAGACUCCAGCGAGUGGAUAGAUGAUAUUAAUCAAGAUGACUUUCCCAGCAAGGAUAAAAUAGAGCAAUACAAGUUGUCAUCUUCCUGCAAAGAUGGAAAACAGAUAAAGAACAGAUCUGAAUUAAAAACCGAAUUACCUCUGACUUCACGAAAGAAAGAUGGGAGAAAAAGAGGAAGACUGACUAGCACAAGGCAACCUGAAAGACAAACAGGUGUCACCCAGCCUCGAAGAACACGGGCUCACCUUAGAAAUAGGUCUGCUAAAAUAUGUGAAAAUGAAUCAGAUGCAGAUGCUUCUCCUAACGAGAAUGCUGUUGGGGAAGAGUCGGAAAGGAAAAUAGAAGAUAAUGCCCACGGUUUAGCAGGGAAGGAGAGUCAUGAAAAUAAAGGAAAGAUAAUUGUAGAAGACUCUGAGCCAUCACAACAUGGAAGGGUAGCUCAAGUAGAAGACGUUGGAAAAGGUGGCAUAAGAGGAGAGUGGUUUGACAAAACUGAAGGAAUUGAAAUGGGUAACGAGAAUAAUGCUGGUAACAGCGGGAAGCUGGAAAUCGUGGCUGACCCCGUUCAGUCCAUGCUGCUAGACAUGAUACCAAGUCUUGGGACUAAGAAAGUUGAUAGCUUGGGGCCUGUUGAUGAAAAUCAGGAACCCCCGGAGGAUAGCACAGCUGCACAGCCUGUAAAGAAAAAGAGGGUCAGCUACAAGGAUGUUGCCAGCGAGUUGCUCGGGGAUUGGUAAAUGUUCGCAUCUAACCAUACUCUAUCUUGUUAGUGGUUGCAUAAUAGGAUUAUUAUAUCUAGUGCUUUAUCUAGUAGGCUAGAUCUUGCAUUUGCUGUCGCAUUAUGUUCUUGGUGGGGGAAGUGAUUAGUCUCUUGGAGACUCUCCGAUUGUGGCCUUAGUCAAAACGUGACAACUAAUAUUUGAAAUUGAUGUCUUGAAAGUCUGAACAAAUGAUUCGAAAGAUGCGGAUACUAACAUAUCUGUCAGCUUUAGCCUCUUAUCAAUAGAGGUGAUCUCUCUCUCUUUAGUUAUGCAAGAAUUUUUAUACGA